UGCAUAACAUAAUAAAGAGGUAGGGAACAUCAAGCCUCACUAUAGAUGCAGCAAAACUCCAGCAAACAUUGUGCGAAGGUUCUAGGUUAAACCCGACUGAUCUACAUCAAAUCCUCACCAUGUACAUUAAAUUUUGCAAUUUCGGGCCUUAUGCGGAUGCGAAAGUGUUCGCGGAAUCGAAGGAGGAAGUGACCACAGAUGUUUACAGGAGAGUUCGUCUGUACAAGAGGAUUUCCGCUGUUUUCAUCAUUCUCUCUUUGCUCUUGCUGGCUGUGGUUCUUGCUCUGGCUAUGAAGUUAUAUGGAGUUCAGUCCAUCCAGAAUUGUCCAGAGAUCGAUGAUGCUGAAGAAUUGAACUGUAGCCACCAACUAUGCCAGACCUUGUACCCCCCAAUACAGACUGAACAAAACCAGGCCUCAGUAACUGAAGUUCAGUCCAGCGAGAAGUGUCCAGAUCUUGUUGCUGAAUUGAAGAAAAAGCAAAAUUACUCCCCAGACCCAGCAAGGUGUCAGUGCUCUGAGUGCAGGAAGGGCUGGGUGAAGUUCGAGAACUCCUGCUACUUCAUUUCUAGGGAGCGUCUAAGAUGGCAGGAGAGCAGGGAAGUUUGUCAGAAACAGGGUGGAGACCUGGUUGUCAUCAACAAUGAACGUGUGCAGAAGUUUCUCACUGAGAACUGGAGAAUGCUGUACUGGAUUGGGCUCAAAAAUUCAAACGAACAGAAGCAAUGGAUGUGGAUUAACAAUACUGCACCAACCCAGACCUACUGGUCCUAUGGCCAGCCAAAUCCAGACUCUCAUGGCUUCUGUGCACUGCUAAAUGGAGGGAUGUCAUAUAUGAACAACUGGCAUUCAAACCCCUGUGAGGUGUAUUCGCAUUUCAUCUGCCAACAGGGUUAAAAGUGGCGAAUGUCGACCAUAACCAUCACAUACAUCUGCAACAUCUGCCUUUAAUGUCAGAAAUUUCCUCUUUUGUGUGUCUUGUAAAGUAUACAGCAACAAAUACAGAAUUAGUACAUGAAACAAUCCUGUUCUGUGAUGCACAAUCAAGUAGAUACUUUGACGUAGAUACUAUGUAUUUUCCAUGAUUGAUAAAAUGAGACAUGCUAAGUGUACGUGUUGAAGCUGACUUUGCUGAUUUUAACUGUAAAUCUUAGUCAUUUUAAUUGCACUUUGACAAAUGCCUUUUGCACUAAUUUCAAAGACAUUAUUCUUACUAAAACUUGCAGAACGUAUUAUAAAACUUAAUGUAUAACUAUAAGUAGCAGCUUUUAAAAUGUGUUGUGAGAUGCCAUUGAGCAUAUGCAGUGAAUAAGUAGAGAUGUCUUUACAGUGGUUCAAUUCAAAAUCCUACUGCAUUCUGUCCUUACUAAUGCACCCUUUCAUAUGCAACCCACACAGUUUCAGUCAUGUGAUAUUUGACAUCAAUAAAAUAAUCAAAUGAU